GAUAUUAUAAUGGCACUGAUUAAAGCUGCUUGUGUGUUGCUUACUAUUGUGGUGCAGGUGUCUUUUGCACUCGGCCAAGCUCCGGAUCCAGCACUAAAGCAGUUUUGCACGCAGUUGAAGCGCGACAUCUUUGAAGAGCGCGUACCGUUCAGUUUCUUAUUCGCAAAUGCGCCUGUUCAAUGGGAGACUAUUGAUUCCUGUCAUGGCUCUCGGCCGCUAAUAGUCGGCGGAACACCCGCCGAACCCAAGGAAUUCCCUCACAUGGCCCGUUUGGGCAAUCGCGACAGUAGCAAUAAAACCAACUGGCUUUGCGGCGGCACUUUGAUAAGCAAGCGCUUGGUGCUUACCGCAGCCCAUUGUCUCUACUCGACCAGGGGUGCAAUCAAUGUGGUGCGCUUGGGUGAAUUGGACUUUGCCAGCGAUAAGGAUGAUGCACAGCCCGAGGACUUUGGAGUGCAGAAGAUAAUCGAGCAUCCGGGCUACAAUUAUACGAUUCUCUAUAAUGAUAUCGCCCUGUUGCAACUAGAUCGUGCUGUCAGUUUUAGCGUCUAUAAGCAUCCCGCUUGCCUGCCCUUCCAUGAUGGCCAAGACAGCGAGAAUUUCAUUGCCAUUGGGUGGGGCCACCAGAGGUUUGCCGCCAGCAAAGAGUCCACAAAGCUGCUGAAAGUGCAGCUUAAGAACUUUGGCACCGAAUGCCUCGCAACGACUAAUUUAAAUGAGCUGCCCAAUGGAUACAAUGUGAGCACAAUGCUCUGCAUUGGUUCCCCUGAGAACAAGGACACCUGCAACGGCGACUCCGGCGGUCCGGUGUUGAACUAUCAUGACGAGUAUCCGUGCAUGUACCAUGUCAUGGGCGUCACUUCAGUGGGCAUUGGCUGCGACACAGGCAAUGUGCCCAGUAUCUACACGCGCGUGCACUUUUACUUGGAUUGGAUCAAGCAGGAGAUGGCAAACAGUAACUGAAUUUGUAUUCAAUAAACUCUAACAAUGCAGCACGGCAUUAUUUCAA